GCUAGGACAGCUACAGUGGGGCAAGAGGUUACAUUGCUGUGCUUCCGUUUGGCCUGGUUCUCAGAGAAUCGUUUCGUUAAACAAGAAGAAAAAUCGAUCAUAUCCAAAGUAUAGUGUUAGUAAGCAUAGUACUGGCGACAAGAGAGGAGUAACCGAGGUAACUGUGUGGAUUCUAUUUAACAACCUUCAACCGACGAGAAGAAAAGGGGAGGAAAUCCCUGACGAGAAACGCCGGGGUGAGUGUGUGUUGCUCUUCUGGGCGCAGGAUAGCUCUGCUGAGCUUUAGAAUGGUAGAGUCACAGAAAAUUGAUGUCACAGUGAAGACACUGGACUCCCAAAGCCGGAGUUACAGUGUUGGAGUAGAGAUAACUGUGAAAGAAUUUAAGGAACAUAUUGCUGCGUCAGUGGGCAUCCCAGUGGAAAAGCAACGGUUAAUCUAUCAGGGACGUGUCCUGCAAGAUGAUAAGAAACUCAAGGAAUAUAAUGUUGAUGGAAAAGUUAUUCACCUUGUUGAAAGAGCACCCCCACAGACACAGGCCGGUACAGGAAGUAGUGGAGCAUCUAGUUCAGGAGCAACUACUACUCAUGGUCCUACUGCACCUCCUCAUGACCGGAAUGCCAAUAGUUAUGUCAUGGUUGGCACCUUCAACUUGCCAGUCAACCUCAUGGAUCCACAACAGAUUCAGCAGUCAGUGCAGCAGGUAAUGGCUGGCUUAGGAGAGGCUGGCAGAAAUGCUCGUGUCAGCACCAACACUGGAAGCAAUGGAUCCUCUGUGGAUGUGCAUAUAGACAUGGAGCAAACAGUUCAGAGUGAGCCUAGAAUGCGGUUGAUUUUGGCCCAGAACUUGCUUCGAGAUACCCAAGGGGUUAUUGAAAGACUAGAGGGCCGUGCUAAUGGCUCUUCCCAGGAAGCUGAAGCACAUUUCCCUGAAAACCCUUCUGCACAAACACAGCAGUCCCGUUCAUUGGGUUCCACUGUUGAAGGAGCAGCUGAGCCAAUGGACACAUCAACUGCUGCUUCCUCCUCCACUGCAACCACCUCUUCCUCAUCUUCCACACAGACAGAAGGAUCUGGGAGCUCUCCCAAUCCCCGGCCCAACCAUCCUUCCCCAGCAGAAUUCCUUGAGGUUUUGUUUGAACUACGCAGAGUGGAAGAUCGAUUGCAGCCAUUUAUUCAUCGGACUCAGGAAAUUCUUAGUUCUGCCACCACCUCAGAUUAUAACAAUAAUACACAGGAACGUGAAGAAGAUCAACGUAUUAUGAACUUAGUUGGGGAGGCUUUACGUUUAUUGGGAAAUGCUUUUGUAGCUUUAUCAGACCUCCGCUGCAAUCUAUCUGCAGCAGCUCCACGACAUCUACAUGUAGUGCGACCAAUGUCUCACUAUGCAUCUCCAGUACUGCUGCAGCAAGCUGCCAUUCCCAUUCAGAUUAAUGUGGGUACUACUUUAUCAAUGUCUGCCAAUGGCAGGCAGUCUGAUGGUCAUGCAGCCCCAGGAUCAGCCCCAACCAGCACAGAAAGCAGUGAGCCUCAGGAUGCUGCUGGCUCACAAGCACCUUCCAGUCAAGCUCAGGCCCAUCCCUUGGGAACACAUGUACCAACCACUCAGCCACACACAUCAGCUACACAGUCACAGGCUCCGCCCAACCAUUCAAGAGUGAUUCGCAUUACUCACCAAACUAUGGAGCCAAUGGUAAUGAUGCAAAUGAACAUUGAUGUAGAUUCUGGCCCAGGUUCAGCUGGCACCGGCACAGCACCUUCUGUACCCUCUGGGCAAAAUGGAGGUAGUGCACCACAGAUGCAAAUUCCAGGACUCCCUGCUGAAUUCAUGCAGGCAAUAGUUCAUCAAAUAACUCAGCAGGCAGUUUCUAUGACAACAGGUGGUCAGCCAGUUCCAGGAUUUCAACCUCCUCAAGCUCGUGUUGUCAUUACUCGGCCGUCCUUUGCUCAACGACCCCCAAAUGCAACUCAGAGGCCUCCAACAAUAAACCUGAGGCCACCUCAGACAGCUCAGCCAGGACAACUUGGUUCUCAGACUGGUCCCAUACAAAGUGCUUCCCUUUCUCAGAUGAUAAGUGGAUUAGUGGGCCAGCUUCUUAUGCAGCCUGUGGUGAUGGGUCAGACUGGUGCUCCUCCAGUUUCUUCCAGUGAUGCUUCAGCUUCAUCUUCUGCACCUCCAUCAUCUGCUAGUACCUCGGGACAGACUUGUACCUCCACUACCAGCACUGCUUCCACUGGCUAUCCAUCACCUACAGCCCCUUCACCUCCAUUUGAGGCUCAACAGUUAUCCCAACUUCUUGGUUCACUCCUUGGUGCUGCUGGUGGAGUAUCACCCUCUAUCACUGUUGCUAUGCCAGGGGUACCAGCCUUCAUACAGGGUGUGACAGACUUUAUACAGGCUGCUCAGCCAGUCCAUACAUCACAACAAACUAAUGAUACAUCAGGUUCACAGCAGCAGAGUCAACCUGAUGCAAGUGCUGCCCCACAGGCUCCACCAUCUUCUCAGCAACAACCAGGGGCAGCAGGAGUAGGGGAGUCUCUAAGCCCCGAGUUCUUUACUAGUGUAGUGCAAGGAGUACUUUCAUCCAUGAUGGGAUCUCUAGGAGCACAGCAGGGUAGCACUGAAAGCAUUGCUGACUUCAUUCAAAGACUAUCAAGUACAAGCAACAUCUUUGAACCAGGCAGUGGUGCUGCUGUUGGUUUCUUUGGGGAACUUCUAUCUCUGAUUUGCCAGAACUUUUCCAUGGUGGAUAUGGUAAUGCUUUUACAUGGUCAGUUUCAGCCAUUACAGAGAAUACAGCCACAGUUGAGUGCCUUCUUUAGAGAGCAGUACCUGCAAGGACAAGAGCCUACUGAUACCAACAUAAGGGCUGCAACUGAUAACCUUAUAAAUGGAUUGGAAGAAUAUAUUACAGAGAGUUUUUCUUCUGUUCAUGUGCGAGAAGGUGUAGAUAUCACAAGGACCAACCUGGAUUUUUUGCGUGAGCAGUUCAACCGAAUUGCUACUCACAUUCUUCAUUGUACUGAUCACUCUUUUGGACAACGGCUUUUGGAACUGUGCAACCAAGGCCUGUUUGAGUGCUUGGCCUUGAAUCUUUAUUGCCUAAGAGGGGAACAAACUGCCCUCACUGCAGUAAUAAAUGAUCGAAUACGUCGUAUGUCUGCAGAUGUGAAUCCUUCUUUGGUUAACUGGCUCACUGCUAUGAUGGGAAUGAGACUUCAGGUUAUCCUAGAACAUAUGCCUGUUACUGAAGAGAAUAUUUUGCAUUAUGUCAGAAACUUGCAGAGUGAUUCUACUGGAGAAUGUGCAGCCGAGUCUCACGUUGAAGAGAUGCCAGAAGUUUCGGAGAGAGAUGAUCCUUCUGCUUCCCCAGUUCCGGCUACCACAGCUGAGGAAGCGAUGGCUUCACCAGAGCAGCCAGUUUCCAUGAGCAGCCAAAGAGAAGAUGCUGAGGCAGAACCUUGGGCUGCAGCUGUGCCACCAGAAUGGGUUCCUAUAAUUCGUCAGGACUUGCAGUCACAAAGGAAAAUGAAAUCUCAGCCUCCUCUCAGUGAUGCAUAUUUGUGUGGAAUGCCUGCCAAACGCAGAAAGACAGUCCAGAAUGAUGGUCCUUUCCUGUCCUUGUCGGAAGCAGUAAACAGAGCUGCCAAAACAGCAGGAGCUAAGCCCGUAACAAGCCCAGAGAGCCUCCAAGGAGAUUUGGAAAAACCUCAGUUGCAGGAGGCCUAUUCAAAACAACUAAAAAUGGACAUAAAGAAGAGAAUACAGGAUGAUCCAGAUUAUAGUACUCAGCGCUUCCCCAACACUCAUCGGGCUUUCUCUGAAGACUCCUAACUUUUUACCAAACUGUUAUUCCUUCAACCUACCAGCCACAUUUUUUCUGACACAUUUUAGCUGAUGGCUGUCUUUUCUGCCAUUCAUAGAUUCCAGAAUUUUUUUUCCAUCCCCUAUGCUAUCCAUGUUUGAAACUGACUUUUCUCAAGGAUGGUACUUAUUUUACUGGUCAGACUGUUUGUGAAUAAGCACAUGUGCAAUCAAGAAGGCCUAAAGUGAGCAAUUUCAAAUGGAACUUGACUUUUUGGUAAAAAAAGAAGACACUGUACCUUGAAGAACAGAAAUUCCUUCAGACAAAAGAGCAAAUAUUUGAGACUAAAUGUGUUUUCAUUAAAUAUUUUAUUCAUAUUUGUCUCAUCUAUAGCAUGGACUAGUAAAUUUGUGCCCAGAUCUGUGCUGUACAGUAUGUGCAACUUAUCCACUUAAGGUUAUUGCUGCUGACUACUGCUUUUGCAAAUCUCCUUGAACCAUUGACUCUUUUUGCUUACAAUAAUGCUGGAUGUUCUGUGAUCAGGGUAUAAGCUCCCUGUUAGCUUUUAUCACUAUGUAUAAUUCUGUUUUGUUUCCAAAUGUAUAGUGGCAGAAGUCAGUUUAAAUAUUCUUGCAGUGUACAGUAUAAUGACUGAAAAGAAAACGUUUGAAUGAACUGUCACAUUCAGGAAUUUCAGUGUAAACAUUUUGUAAGGAGAAAUAAGACAAAAUACCAACCAUGGCCUAUUACAGCUAACAACAUACAUGCAGGAAUGUACUUUUUGUUUUUAAAUUAAGUCUUUAAUCUUAUUUUUUUGUUGUUUGAAACAAUUGAGUUGAGUUCUAGUAUCAUUAAAAGUACAAAUGAU